GCUGGGGCAGCGCACCCGUCCCCCUCGCUCGGCCGGGACAAGAAAGAGGCGGCGGCGGCGGCGGGGCUGGCGGCCCGAGGCGGCGCGGCGCAUCCCGCACACGCGAGCCGGGCGGCGGCGGCGGCGGCGGGGCCCAAAGAUUUCAGCAAUCCGCUCGCCUUCUUCCACCUAGGCUGCAUGGUUGGUCCCUGGAAAUGGGAUGCCAAUCCCAUUUAGGGAUUGUAAAAGAAGCCAGAGCUUUCCCUUGCACCGGCUGUUGUUACCAGCUCGACCACAAGUGAGACAAAGAGGCAGAAGAAGAUGUCCACAGUCACAUCUGCAAUCCAGGUGCCCCAGGGCCCUGUCAACCCUCCUCCCCCAGAGGUCACCAACCCCAACAAACCUGGAAGGAAAACCAACCAGCUACAGUACAUGCAAAAUGUUGUGGUGAAGACCCUGUGGAAGCAUCAGUUUGCAUGGCCCUUCUACCAACCAGUGGAUGCAAUUAAAUUGAAUUUGCCAGAUUAUCACAAAAUAAUCAAAAACCCAAUGGACAUGGGGACGAUCAAGAAACGGCUGGAACACAACUAUUACUGGAGUGCCAGCGAAUGUAUGCAGGAUUUCAACACCAUGUUUACAAAUUGUUACAUAUACAACAAGCCCACCGAUGACAUUGUCCUUAUGGCUCAAGCCCUGGAGAAGAUCUUCCUGCAGAAAGUGGCCCAGAUGCCUCAAGAGGAAGUUGAAUUGUUACCUCCAGUUCCAAAAGGCAAAACUCGGAAAUCGGCUGCCAGCGCUCACAAUGCAGGGGCGCAGCAUGCAGCGGCUGUGUCUUCUGUGUCCCCGCCAGCCCCCUUCCAGAGCGUCCCUCCCUCGGUCUCGCAGACGCCGGUCAUUGCUGCUACGCCUGUGCCAACCAUCACUGCAAACGUCGCCCCCAUCGCCGCCCCCCCUGCUGCCACACCCCCUCCACCUCCUGCUGCACCCAUCAUGCCAGUAGUUCCUCCAACGCCACCUAUCGUCAAGAAGAAGGGAGUGAAGCGGAAAGCAGACACGACCACACCCACCACAUCGGCCAUCACUGCCAGCCGGAGUGAGUCACCCACCCCACUGUCAGACCCCAAGCAGGCAAAAGUAGUGGCUCGGCGGGAAAGUGGGGGCCGGCCCAUCAAACCACCAAAGAAAGACCUGGAAGAUGGGGAGGUCCCCCAGCACGCAGGCAAGAAAGGCAAGCUUUCGGAACACCUGAAGUACUGCGACAGCAUCCUGAAGGAGAUGCUGUCCAAGAAGCAUGCCGCCUACGCUUGGCCUUUCUACAAACCCGUGGACGCCGAGGCCUUGGAGCUGCAUGACUACCACGACAUUAUCAAGCACCCGAUGGAUCUCAGCACUGUGAAAAAAAAAAUGGACAGCCGGGAAUAUCAAGAUGCCCAGGGAUUUGCAGCAGAUAUUCGGUUAAUGUUCUCUAAUUGUUACAAGUACAAUCCUCCCGACCAUGAAGUUGUGGCCAUGGCCAGGAAGCUUCAGGAUGUCUUUGAGAUGAGAUUUGCCAAGAUGCCAGAUGAGCCAGCAGAACUGCCACCUCCACCUCCUCCGGCAGCACCAGUGGUGAGCAAGAGCACCGAGAGCAGCCACAGCAGUGAGGAGAGCUCCUCCGAUUCGGACAGCUCCGACUCUGAAGAGGAGAGAGCCACACGUCUGGCAGAGCUCCAGGAACAGGAUUGUUCCCGAUCAUUGAGGCAGUGCUACAAGGUCAAUGACUCCCAAGACUGGAAUGGAUGGAAUCUGAAGGCCGUGCAUGAGCAGUUGGCUGCCCUGUCCCAAGCUCCAGUGAACAAACCAAAGAAAAAAAAAGAGAAGAAGGAGAAAGAGAAAAAGAAGAAGGACAAGGAGAAAGAGAAGGAGAAAGAGAAGCACAAGGCAAAGGCAGAGGAGGAGAAGAAGGCAAAGGUAGCCCAGCCAGCAAAGCAGGCGCAGCAGAAGAAAGCCCCGGCCAAGAAGGCCAACAGCAUCCCCGCAGUGAACAGGCAGCUGAAGAAAGGAGGCAAGCAGACUUCAGCGACCUACGAUUCAGAGGAGGAGGAGGAGGGCCUGCCCAUGACCUACGACGAGAAGCGACAGCUCAGUUUGGACAUCAACCGCUUGCCUGGGGAGAAGCUGGGCCGAGUGGUGCACAUCAUUCAGUCACGGGAACCUUCACUCAGAGACUCCAAUCCUGAUGAGAUUGAAAUAGAUUUUGAAACCUUGAAGCCCACGACAUUACGAGAACUGGAGAGAUAUGUCAAGUCUUGUUUACAGAAAAAGCAAAGGAAGCCCUUUGUCUCAGCAGUUGUGCGUUCCUCCUCUACAGCUGCAAGUGGAAAGAAGCAAGCAGCAAAAUCCAAGGAAGAGCUCGCUCAGGAGAAGAAGAAGGAGCUGGAGAAACGCUUGCAAGAUGUGAGUGGGCAGUUGAACAACAACAAGAAACCUGCCAAGAAAGAAAAAUCUGGCUCUGCCCCCUCUGGAGGUCCUUCCCGCCUCAGCAGCAGCAGCUCUUCAGAAUCAGGGAGUAGCAGCUCGAGUGGAUCCAGCUCAGACAGUAGCGACUCGGAGUAAGCUACGGACACUUCACAUGUCAGGACAGCAAAUGGACGUCUCGUUCACACACACACACCCGUCCCUCGGCAGCGUUUCCUUUUUUUUUUUUUUAAUGGUCUGCUUUAUCCCAUCACCUUUUAAAACAUUUUUUAAAUUCAGUGUUAUAAAAAGAUACUUUCCAAAAUUAAUUUUUCCCACUUUCCGUAGGUCAAAGAUCCGUGUGUGUGAUUAGACUUUGCAACAAGAAAUAUGCUUUGCUUAAAGUCUCUAAAGAUUUUAAUGGAAAGUGAUUUGUUCACCAAUGAGGAGAUGCUGGAAACUCCCAAUGAGAGAUCAUAGAAAACACGUGUAAUAUAUGGGGGUGGGGGGUGUUUUGGUAAGUUCUUUUUUUCCCUGGAAAUUUCCUUCUUAAUACAGCCCAAGACUGGCUCAUCUCUAUGACGACGACACAAGGUGGAGGGGGGAACUCUCUGUAAAAUGGUACUGUAUCUGGGAAACGUUAGUUCUUGAAGUAGUCCAUGUAUUUGUUCUUAGCACUAGUGUUCCUAACCUCCAGGGACCUGAUCCACUAUUCUAGUGCUCCUGCAUGGAUUGUGCAAGAGAAUUACUUGGUGGAUUGAGCCCCAAGUCUACAUUGUGAUGAAGACCAUCAUCUUUUUUUAUAUAUAAGAGGGAAGAAAAAGAAAGCUUAUGUACUGUGCAUUGUUAAAAUGUAUCUUUUUAGAUAUUUCUUUUAUCCUUUUUAACAAAAAAACCAUACAGAGGUUCAGGCUUCUGUUCUGAAGGUUCUCAAGAGGUUGCCCAGCAGAUUAAAACUGGUGUGUGGUAUCUUGGUUCUUGGAAACUCAAAGCAGGGUGGCCAAGAUCUAGUCACUUCCACGUGUAUCAUGGGGGCAGAGACAAGAGCUGUGAUGCUCCAUGCACUGUGCCAGGGAAUGGGUCUGCAUGACCAUGGAACUCCCCACCGUUUAUGUAGAUGGAGCAUUCUCUUUUCAGAAAUAAGAGCAAGGCCGAGACUGCCCCUCAUACAGCCUUUGGUGUGGGGCUGGAUGCGUCCUCUCGCCCUGCAGGUCAUGCCUGUAAUCCACAUUUGGGUGGUGGGAAAAUAUCAGCGAGAGUCUCCCCACCAAUAGUCAGGGAUGGUAAAAACCUGCUUAUGUUGAACAAGGUUUUGUCUCAAGUUCCCCAGGCCUCUCUGUGGUGUGUGCUUAGUUGUUUGGAUCUCACUUCCCUUUUUGGAGGAGGGAGAAAAAUAUGAUCUGGCAUCACUGUGAAACAUCUGCCUAAUGCAUUGCAAGGUGAGGGGGGGAGGCGCAUGGUUCCUCCAUUGUGCAAGCACAUGGAUAAUGGGUGAACCAGGAUUAUGUUUCUAGGAACUCUGAGGUGCUUCAAAGCUUAUUGAGGGCACCUCAGGAAGGAAAUCCAUGCCAGGUAAGAUGCCCUGCAAUAAAACUGGACCCAUCCUGUCAUCACAUGAGUUUUCUCCUUGCUGAAAAAGAACCAUAUAAUGCUUAUGGUAGUAGUAGUAGCCGAGGUGCCAUAUCAAGCCAUAUUUUGGUGUGGCACAGCUAGGUUUGGUAAUGUGACAGUAGGGCACUAUGGUUGUGACUCUAGCAAAGCUCUGGGGGCCAAAGAAGAGCCAGCGACUGAUCGAAUGUCUGUCCCUCUGCCCCCCUUUGUCACAGCAAGGAAGCUCUUAGGAUGAAAAGCCACCUGUGUCUUGUGCACGUACAGGUCUCCAAAGGAACCUUUUACCUCAAGGUGGUCGUUGUGGGGAGGGGGGAGAUACACUAUGGGAAGGGACGUAGUGGGGGAGGAAAAUUAGCGGGUUUUGUAAGAUGCAUCAAUUUUCUAAAAGUUAAUUUUUUUUCCAGCUUGUCUUGGAGACCUGCACUUCCACAAAUGACAUGCUCCAGAAUCUACUGUCCCUUGUUCUCAUGUAUAUAGAAAUACUUUAUUUAUUAAUACCAAGUCACUUAAAAACAUAUCCUGCAUUUUGAAGAGCAGAAGAAAAAAACGCAGUGUUUUUUUAAAAAAAUCAAGCUCUAAAGAAUUGGGAGCCCUUUUUAUUUAAAUGGAUUUGACUUUUUAACCUCCAGGUGCUACGGAUAUUUGUUUCCUGUGCCGGUGCUUAUUCCUUGUAUGUGGAUCCAGAUUUAGGGGGAGGGGGUUGUUUUGGGUUUUGUUUGAUUUCUUUUUGUACAGACUUUGGAGACUUACAGGUAUCGAUAACUUCCAGAUAAAGCAUGUUUUAUUUGUAUAUUCCUAGUCCCCUUCCAGGUCGGUCUUUUUCUCUUUCUCUGUAUCUUAAUUGUUUUAAAGUAGAACAGUUUGGAAAAAAUAAAGGAACAAAGACCCAAUUUUCAGAGCAAAUGCUGGUUCUGUAAUGUACAUGUAGUAAACGAGAGAAUGGGUUGGGUUCUAUGAUAAAACAGAAUUUCCAUUUGAAACAGUGAGGGGUAGAACAUUCACUUGUGGCUGAAGCUACAGAUUAUGUUGUUUAAUGUCCUCUAGCUGUUUAGGCACGAAAUCUGGAUAUUUGGGCUGGUUAGUUACCAACAUCUAGUUCUACCUCGCUCUUCCAGCUGAUCUUGGGGUGGCUGUAGAAAUCCUGAACUGGUGCCUGGAGGCAAUUUUGAAGUGGAUGCAGGUAACAAACUGAAGCUCAAUCCACACAAGACGGAAGUACUAUUGGUGAGCAGAAGGUUUGACCCAGGAUUUAAGGUGUUACCUGUUUUGGACAGGGUUGCAUUCACCUUGAAGGAGUAAGUAUGUGGUUUGGAGCUGUUCUUAGACCCAGGCCUACUGUUGGAUAAGCAGGUGGCAGCUGUGGCCAGGGUUGCUUUUUACCAGCUUUGACUGGUGAAUCAGCUGCAACCUUCCCUUGGCAGGAAAGAUCUGGCCACUGUGGUACAUGCCCUAAAGGUAAAGAUCGCCCCCAGUGCAAGCACUGAGUCAUUACUGACCCAUGGGGGGACGUCACAUCACAUUUUCUUGGCAGACUUCUUGUUAUGAGGUGGUUUGCCAUUGCCUUCCCGAGUCAUCUACACUUCACCCCUGCGAAACUGGGUACUCAUUUUACUGACCUCGGAAGGAUGGAAGGCUGAGUCAACCUUGAGCCUGUUAUUU